AUGCCCGACAUGCGCACCAGCAGGUGGCACCACCCUCAACAUCACCGCCCGAGGCAAGCCGCCGGCUACACAGGCAGCCCGGGCCCGGCCAUGGCGUCAGAGGAGUCCGAGGGACUAUGGACCUUUCAUUCCGGCAAGAGGUUCCUCGACCGGCACCUGGGACUGUUCGUGCAGACGCGCCACCGACGGUGGUCGAGGCCGCGAGACAACAUGGAGGCAGGCAGCUCCUUCGCACUCCGCGACAGAAAUGCCGCCACGCAGUCACCCACGCAGUCACCCACGCAGUCGCCCACGCAGUCGCCCACGCAGUCGUCCACGCCGGCAGAGGCUGACACGGCGGCGCGUGUCGAGGACGAUUCGGACGGCCACCUGACGACCAGGCCCGAGUUUUCCCUGCCGCCCGUGGACCGGGGCAAGCACGCUUGGUUCUUCCUCGUGGCGUGCAUCUUUAUCGAGGCUCUGACGUGGGGAUUUCCCUUUGCGUUUGGCGUCUUUCAAAAGUACUACAGUACACACGACCCCUUUGCCGGCUCCUCGUCGAUCCCCAUCAUCGGCACGUGCGCCAUGGGCAUUAUGUACCUUGACAUCCCCUUGGUCAUGGGCGUCCAGCGCCUUUAUCCCCGCUUCAGCAGAUGGUCGCCCGUCAUCGGCCUGCUCGUCAUGUGCCUCUCCCUGGCCGCCUCCUCCUUCUCGCAGAACACGACCCAUCUCAUCAUCACCCAGGGCGUGCUGUACGCUCUCGGUGGCUCUGUCUCGUAUUGCCCGUGCCUCCUCUACAUGGACGAGUGGUUCGUCAAGCGAAAGGGACUCGCCUAUGGCACCAUGUGGUCCGGCACCGGGCUCGCCGGCUUCAUCCUGCCCUUGGUACUCGAGUACCUACUUGGUCGCUGGGGGUUCCGAACAACUCUUCGCAUCUGGGCGGUCGCCCUACUGGUUCUCACUCUGCCCUUGGCGUACUUUAUCAAGCCGCGGCUGCCUCCGACAGCGACCCAACACAUCAAGCCGUUCAAGUUGGGCUUUGCCUUGCGCCGCACGUUCCUGCUGCAUCAGGCCGCGAACGUGAUUCAGGCGUUGGGGUUCUUCCUUCCCGGCAUCUACCUCCCGACCUACGCGACCUCGAUAGGCGCUGGCCCGUUUCCCUCGGCGCUGACCAUCCUCCUCGUCAACGUGGCAUCCGUAUUUGGCUGCGCCGUCAUGGGCUCCCUGACGGAUCACUUGCAUGUCACGACGUGCCUGCUCCUCUCUGCGACUGGUGCCGCGCUGGGUACAUUCCUGCUCUGGGGAUUCGCCACGUCGCUGCCGCUGCUCUUUGUCUACUGCAUUAUAUACGGGCUCUUUGCCGGCUCCUACACGUCAGCAUGGACAGGCAUCAUGCAACAAAUCACGUCGGAGCCGGUCGCCGGGAGCGCCGGGCGCGGCACGUUCGACCCGACAAUGGUGCUCGGCGUCUUGUCCACGGGGCGUGGUAUUGGAAGCGUAGUUUCGGGGCCCCUUAGUCAGGUACUCAUCAAGGGGCUGCCGUGGCAGGGCAAAGCGCUCGGCGCGUACGGCUCGGGAUACGGACCGCUGAUUGCCUUUACCGGAGCAACGGCGGCCAUGAGCGGAACGGUAUUUCUCUGGAGAAAGAUUGGUUGGAUGUAA